AUGGAGAGGGUGGUGGUCACACUUUUGCAUCAGCAUCUCUUCCAGAACAUCGGGCUUGUGAACAGGGCCACAUGCCCGUGUGGAGAUUCUGGAGCCCCUCCGCCGCCGCCCAGAUCUGUGGGAACACUUUCUAACUCAGCCCUCAGAGGAGGCGGAGAGCAGAGGGCUGAUGGAUGGGUGUCAGCCGUGGGCUACGUCACCCGCGUCCUCACCACAGCCAGGGGCGACGUCUCCUGA